ACCCCACCCCCUUUCCUCACAAACCAAAAUCCAAACCCAGACCCAUCCCUCCCUCUCUCAAUCAUUCUCUGCCCUUUUAGGUUUUUUAAUACUUUUAUCGUCCAAUCAUCAUCGCUCUCUCCUCUCUCUCUCUAAAUAAUUUCCAAUUGGUUUUUAGAGAGAGAGAGAGUGGCUGCAGGAGUGGGGAAGGAAGAAAGACCGCUCCCGUCUCUGUGAUCGUCUCUUCACUUCGAAGCUCUAGGGUUUGGCUUUGCCUCUGUUAGCUGUUGAGGAAAGGGAUGCAAUGAAUCAAUCUUUGAACUUUUCAUCUUCUGGCUCAACUGAGGUUCCAAUGGUGGGCAUUCCUAAAGAAGUGGGUAGAGGAGGAUGGGGUAUUUUAUCUGGAUCUGGUGCCUACAAUGCCUCAAGUGAUGCUACCCUUUUUUCAAGCUCACUACCUGUUCUUCCACAUCCGAAGUUGAACGUGAAUGGUACUGAACAUGACUUUCAAUCUAUUGAUGAUCUUUCGUCUGGCUUAGAUAAACUCCACCAAACUUUGGAGGGUAAUGAUCUGCUUGAAGAAAUUGAAACUCAUGCAAUCGGAAGCUUGCUUCCUGGCGAUGAGGAGGAGCUAUUAGCUGGCAUAGCGGAUGAUCUUGACCUCAGUGGGUUGCCUGGUUCACUGGAAGACUUGGAAGAUUAUGAUCUAUUUGGUAGUGGAGGCGGCAUGGAAUUGGAAACUGAUGCACAGGAGAGCCUGAGAAUAGGCAUGUCAAAAGUAAGUUUAGCUGACAGUUCUACUGGGAAUGGGAUGGCUCAAUUUGCCCUUCCAAAUGGUGUGGGAGCUGUUGCUGGAGAGCAUCCAUAUGGAGAGCAUCCUUCCAGAACAUUGUUUGUGCGAAAUAUCAAUAGUAAUGUUGAGGAUUCAGAACUGAGAACACUUUUUGAGCAAUACGGUGAUAUUAGAACGCUGUACACUGCGUGUAAACAUAGGGGCUUUGUGAUGAUAUCUUAUUAUGAUAUUCGUGCUGCUCGAACUGCUAUGCGCACAUUACAAAACAAGCCUCUGCGACGUAGGAAACUUGAUAUUCACUUCUCAAUUCCAAAGGAUAAUCCAUCAGAGAAGGAUAUUAAUCAAGGAACUUUGGUAGUUUUCAAUUUGGAUCCAUCAGUUUCAAAUGAAGACCUCCGUCAAAUAUUUGGGGCUUAUGGCGAGGUCAAAGAGAUAAGGGAAACACCACACAAGAGGCAUCAUAAAUUUAUUGAGUAUUAUGAUGUUAGAGCUGCAGAAGCAGCCCUUAAGUCGUUAAAUAGGAGUGACAUAGCUGGUAAACGCAUAAAGCUUGAACCCAGUCGACCUGGUGGAGCUCGUCGAAACUUGAUGCUGCAACUGAAUCAAGACCCUGAACAAGAUGAAUCUCAGAGUUUUCGACAUCCAGUGGGUUCCCCGAUAACCAUCUCUCCACCAGGUAACUGGGCUCAGUUUCACAACCCAAUGGAACAUAGUCCUGUACGGAGUAUUAGUAAAUCUCCUGGUUUUGGGACAAUUAGUCCAACAAACAGCAACCAUUUGUCUGGAUUAGCAUCAAUUCUGCAUCCCCAGACAUCAAACACUGUGAAGGUUGCACCCAUUGGCAAUAACCAUGGAAGGGGGAGUCAUGCUGAUCAUAUACUUUCCAAUACAAACUCAUCCCACGGAUCUGCAUUUCAACAAUCCCACUCAUUUCCAGAGAACUCAACCCAUUUCCAAGGAUCCAUGCCCUCGUUCAGUCCUUCAACCUCAAGUGGAUCUCAUGUGGAAACAUUAUCAGGCCCGCAAUUCCUUUGGGGGAGUCCGACUCCUUACUCAGAAAACACCAACUCUUCAGCUUGGCAUCACCAAUCAGUGGGACAUCAACUUACAUCCAAUGGGAAGGGGCAUGCCUUUCCAUUCUCGGGUCAUAAUGGCUCUUUGCUCAGCUCUUCCCAUCAUCAUCAUCAUCAUCAUCAUCAUCAUCAUCAUGUUGGAUCUGCCCCAUCUGGUGUUCAUUUAGACAGCCGCUUUAAUUACUUUCCAGAGUCACCAGAAACAUCUUUUUUGGGUCCCGCUGCCUAUGGAGGCAUGAGUUUGGGCCCCAGUCGUGGAAAUUUUAUGAUUAACAUGGGUGCUCGUGCUUCAAGAAAUAGUGGCAUAUCCAUACUGGGAAACAUGUCUGAAAGUAGUUUGUCAAGCUUUAAAAUGGUGGGCUCACCGAAGCUUAGCCCUGUAUUUUUAGGGAAUGGCCCGUACGCAGGACUGCCACCUACAAGCAUAGAUGGUUUGAUUGAGCGUGGGAGGAGCAGACGAAUGGAGAAUAAUGGGACCCAGAUUGAUAGCAAGAAGCAGUUUCAGCUUGAUUUGGAUAAGAUUGUCUCCGGGGAAGAUACUCGAACAACAUUAAUGAUUAAAAAUAUUCCAAACAAGUACACCUCGAAAAUGUUACUUGCGGCAAUAGAUGAAAAUCACAGGGGUACUUUUGAUUUUCUCUAUCUGCCAAUUGAUUUUAAGAACAAAUGCAAUGUGGGCUAUGCAUUUAUCAAUAUGCUGUCUCCUUCACACAUCAUCCCAUUUUAUGAGGCGUUUAAUGGAAAGAAGUGGGAGAAGUUCAAUAGUGAGAAAGUUGCCUCCUUGGCUUAUGCUCGAAUCCAGGGGAAGGUGGCUCUUGUAGCCCACUUUCAAAAUUCAAGCCUAAUGAAUGAAGACAAACGUUGUCGUCCGAUUCUCUUUCACUCAGAGGGUUCUGAGGCUGGUGAUCAGAUCAUCCAAGAGCAUCUUCCUUCCAACAAUUUGGACAUCCAGGUUGGUCAGGAAAAGGAGUCGGACUCUGAUUCAUCAGGAAGCCCAAAGCGUGGCUUUGACGAGAAGCCAGAUAAGAGUUAACAGUGUAUCAAAGCAGAUGCCAGGGCUGAAUUUGGUGGUGGCCGUGGCUUCCAACAAUCAUACACCUAUCAAGUAUAUAUAUGUACAAGUCGGAGAAGUACGGGAUGCAGAGUUUCUUUUGUAGCUCCUUUUAGUAGUAUCUUCUAGAGUGUUUGACUGGAAACAUCCGGCAGCGUUUUGUUUAUCUGCAGUUAACGGUCACAGGAGAGAACGAUAAUAGUGCAUGUCGACGAAUCCAAUCCUCCCUGCUGACAGCAGUUGCCGCCGGUUGUGCAGGUUUCUGAUUUUUGGGCUCAUUUUUGUUGUGCGACUUCGGGGUGUGGAUAAGGUAGCCUGCAAAUAUGAUGUGCAUAUGGGUAUCUGAGUACAUGUGUUUUGAGAGGGGGGGUGGUUAUUUGACAUGGGGUACAAAAUUGUAUAGUGGGGGAAAAACCUGCUGCUUUUUGGCGUUAUUAUUUUGUUGCAGUUCUUGAAAUGGAAAAUUCAAAUGUUUAUUUGAGAUUGUGAUUUCUCAGCUCCAAAUUAAUUAUCGAAAGGUUAUCAAAUGUGUAGUUGAAUA